UCCAAUGUGUCAAUAAGAGGACCAGACAUGGUGAGAGAUUGUCUGCACAACAAAAAUCUCAUAUACAGAAACACAAAGAAAUUAAGAAGCAGUAGGCAUGGGCGACCAAGGAGUAGUGCUACUGCAAGUCACGGUUAUAUGGGUGGUAUUGGCAGCCAUGGCAGCACCGGCAGCUGCUCAAUCCAAGCCAGGUUGCCCAGAUAGGUGUGGCAACGUUAGCAUCCCAUACCCAUUUGGCACAAGGGAAGGCUGUUAUCUGAAUGAAGAAUUCCUCAUUACCUGUGACAACAGUACAAGCCCUCCCAAAGCCUUCUUAACGAAUAGUAAUAUCAAUGUCACAAACAUAAAUUUCGACGGUGAGUUGCAUGUCUUGAGCCUUAUGGCCCGUAAUUGUUAUUACCCCAACGGCACCGAGCAGCCUAACUCCACCACAGCCUCUUUCUCGCUGUCCAUAUUCAGUAUCUCGGACACCCUAAACAAGUUCUUUGCGGUUGGUUGCGACACUUAUGCACUUCUCCAAGGCUACCAAGGAGGAGAUCUUUACACAACUGGCUGCAUGUCUAUAUGUUCCAGCGAGAAGCAAGUCCAGGAUGGAUCUUGCUCAGGGGCUGGUUGUUGCCAGGUCUCAUUCCCAGAAGGAUUAGAUGAUACUACUCUGACAUUAAGCAGCUACUUCAAUCAUACAAAAGUUCAUGACUUCAAUCCCUGCAGCUAUGCUUUUAUUGCCGAAGAAUCAGCCUUCAAUUUCUCCUCCAAAAAUCUUACCAAUUUACAGGAUAUGGAAAAGCUUCCUAGGGUGGUUGAUUGGUCAAUUGGCAAUGAAACAUGCCAGGUGGCUAAAACCAACCCGAGCAGUUACGCCUGUAAGGAGAAUAGCACGUGCUCGGAACCCAGUGGCCGAUCCGGCUAUCUUUGCAAGUGCUUUGAUGGUUACCAUGGGAAUCCUUACCUCGAUGGUUGCCAAGAUAUUGAUGAAUGUGAGAAUUCAAGCCUCAAUAAGUGUGUAGAAAAAGCAAGGUGCAAGAACAUCCCAGGGAAUUAUACUUGUUCUUGCAGGAAGGGGUACCAUGGUGAUGGCAGAGAAGAUGGUGAUGGCUGUAAUCCAAAUAUGUUGCAAGUAAUUCAGAUUGCCCUCGGUGUCAGCAUUGGCCUUAUAUCAUUACUAAUGGGUAGCUCUUGGUUAUACUGGGGACUCAAGAAAAGGAAGUUCAUUAAACUCAAAAAGAAGUUCUUUGAGCAAAAUGGUGGUUUAAUGCUGCGCCAACAACUUUCUAGUCAAGAAGGAUCCAAUGAAACAGUUAAAAUCUUUUCUGCUGAAGAGCUUGAGAAGGCCACCGACAAGUAUGCUGAGAAUAAAAUCAUUGGUCAAGGGGGAUAUGGAACAGUUUAUAAAGGAACCUUAACUAAUGGGAGAAUAGUUGCGAUCAAGAAGUCGAAGAUGGUGGAUAAAAGUCAAAUUGAGCAAUUCAUAAAUGAAGUGCUUGUGUUGAGUCAAAUCAAUCAUCGAAAUGUAGUAAAGCUUUUGGGUUGUUGCUUAGAAACAGAAGUUCCUCUCCUAGUUUAUGAAUUCAUCACUAAUGGCACCCUCUUCGACUACAUACAUAAAGGGAAGAAGAUAUCCACCAGUUCCUGGGAAGUUCGCUUAAGGAUUGCUACUGAAACUGCCGAAGUCCUAUCAUAUUUACAUUCUGCAGCAUCAACACCAAUCAUUCAUAGAGAUGUUAAAUCCACUAACAUACUUUUGGAUGACAAUUACACAGCAAAAGUUUCAGAUUUCGGAGCUUCAAGGUUGGUUCCCCUAGAUCAAACUCAAUUGUCUACAAUGGUGCAAGGUACUCUUGGAUACUUAGAUCCUGAGUAUUUGCUUACGAGCCAAUUGACAGAAAAAAGUGAUGUUUAUAGUUUUGGAGUUGUCCUUGUGGAGUUAUUAACAGCAAAAAAGGCACUUUCAUUUGAUAAACCUGAAGAGGAGAGAAGUUUAGCUAUGUAUUUUCUUUCUUCAUUGAAAGAUGAUCGUCUUUUUCAAGUUCUUGAUGAACGCAUAGUGAACGAGGAAAAUAUUGAGCAGUUAAAGGAAACUGCCAACCUUGCAAAAAAAUGCUUGAAAUUAAAAGGAGAUGAGAGGCCUACUAUGAAAGAAGUAGCAAUGAAGCUAGAAAGAAUGAGAAUGGUGGAAAUGCAUCCAUGGACUGAUCCAGAAGAGAAUGAAUACUUACUCGGUGAAUCUUCCCAUACAGUUGAUAAUGGUUGUAGUAUUGGUUCCACAAAUACUGCAUACGACAGCUUAAAGGGCCAUAUAAUGCUACCCGUGAAAGAUGGAAGAUGAUUGUUUUACAUGUAGCAAUAUGAUGCUGCUGGUGAUCAAUUAUUUUUAAUAAAUUUCAACUCUCAUGUAAGAAUGAAUGGGGAUUUUAAUAUUUAGAGAUAUGUAUUAAGUUUUUUAUGAUCUUUUUAUAAUAGUUGUACCUAUACAAAUUC